AUGGCUAAUAGAUUUCCAUGGCAAUACUCAAGCACAGGUUUGGCAUCCAUCAUGAGCCUAUUUCAAUCUAUCAUAUUUGCAUUUUGCUUUGAGAGAGAUUGGAAUCAAUGGAAGCUUGGUUGGGACCUCAAGCUUCUCACUGCAGCUUACACAGGCAUAAUGACAUCUGGGGUGGGUUUUGUCCUAGAAGCAUGGUGUGUGAUGAAGAAGGGACCUUUAUUUGCGGCCAUUUUUAAUCCUCUCAUGCUUGCUCUGACCGUCCUUGCUGGCUCUUUACUAUUUGAUGAAACUCUCUACGUUGGAAGAUUUCUCUUUUCAACUUCCUUCAUUGUUCCUCUUGCUCUCUUCUUUGAAAGGGAAAGCCUCCAAGCAAUUAAUGGGACAGUUCUAUUCCAAGUUUUCCUUUGUGGAUUAUUUGGGGGAUCCUUGCUACAAAAUCUUUUUCUUCAUUCCUUUUCCUUCGUAUCAGUAUCAUAUGCCACUGCUGUGAUGAACGUCGUUCCUUUAGCUACCUACAUCAUAGCUGUCUUAUUCAGACUGGAGAGGAUGAACUUAACAACAGCAGCAGGGAAGGCAAAGAUAUUAGGGACCCUCACAGGAAUCAGUGGAGCCAUGAUACUUACUUUCUGCAAGGGCAAGAGAAUCCAAAUCUGGACAGCCCGUAUUAAUUUGACAUGCCACGUGGCAGUAUCGCAUGCCACCUCCACUACUUCUAGCAUUUGGGGCUGCAUGAUUGCUCUUGGUGCCUGCCUCAGUUACUCCUUGUGGUUGAUAAUCCAGGCAAAGAUGGCACAGAAAUUUCCAUGGCAAUGCUCCAGCACAGCUUUAAUGUCCAUCAUGAGCUCAUUUCAAGGUGUCAUAUUUGCGUUUUGCAUUGAGAGAGACUGGAAUCAAUGGAAGCUUGGCUGGGACCUUAGGCUUCUCACUGCAGUUUACACAGGCAUAAUGUCAUCUGGGGUGGCUUUUUCCAUAGUAGCAUGGUGUGUGAUGAAGAAGGGACCUUUUUUUGUGGCCAUUUUUAAUCCUCUCAUGCUCGCUCUGACCGUCCUUGCCGGCUCUUUACUACUUGAUGAAACUCUAUAUAUUGGAAGUCUGAUAGGGAUGAUGUUGAUUGUGAGUGGACUGUACAUAGCGUUAUGGGGUAAAAGUAAGGAAGCAAACAAAGCAUCAGAGAAUUCAAGAGCCUCUCUUCCAUCUGAAUCCUUUCAAAUUUGUGAAACAAACUCAAGGCGGAGUCUUACAAAGGGAUGA